CGUUCUCUAGCUACUCAUCUCUAUGCGACUGUAUGGCCUGACCCCUCACACGCUCCACCCCCUGGCCGUCAAUCAAUCACGUUCACGUAGUUGAUUCCUCGCACCUGCUUUGGUCAAGGCACAUGUUGGUUAAAAAAAAAAGUAUCGACAGAGAUUGAUUCGCUGUCAUUAGCUUUGCUUGAUACAUUGAACAACAAGCAUAGCAAUUGUUGUUUAGAAAGAAGACCAUGGACGACUUUCAAUUCAUGGAUAGCUUCAAGAGAAAGCGCAUCAAAUUGACCCUCAAGACUGCGACUUUCCUUGGAAUUGUUCAGCGGAUAAACGCCAAUAAAACUGUGAUUUUAGAGGACGUUGUGGAUGUCAAGAAUGGAAGGAAAUUCCCUGGAGUGAAACUAUUCUUUGGACAUGAAAUUCUCAAUGUGGAAUUCCCAAAUGUAACAAAGUCUGACCGAGAUAACACCAGUGACCACAGACCUGAAGGUCACCUGACAGUGGCAGAGUUCCAGCCUUACAGGAAGGGUCUCAUACUGAAUGACGAUGAUGAGAGCCAUGUCAACUUUGUGGUCAUUGAUGAGUUCCAUGAGAAGUUUGGUCCUGCUAUGAUGCACAUCCGGAAGCAGCAGGUGAUCGGGAUAGGAGCUGACGGGGUCGGGACGUUCCAGCACGAGAGACUCUGUUGGCUGCAGAUUGCCACUAAGAACAAGGUGUACCUCUUUGACAUCCUGUUGCUUGGAGCCCGGGCCUUCAAGAAUGGCCUGUCCAUGAUCCUAGAAAAUAACCACAUAUUAAAGGUCACUCAUGACUGCCGGAGUCUCGCCGGAUGUUUGAUGGCUCAGUUUGGAGUAAAUCUCACCAACGUCUUUGACACUCAGGUGGCAGAUAUCCUGUGCUUCUACACAGAGACUGGUGGCUUCCUGCCAGACAGGGUCAGUACCCUACCGAAGGUGGUGAGCCUACAUUUGAAGAUGUCCUCGUCACAACUCUCCUCUCUCAACAUCAAGUCUCUGCUCACCAAGGAGGACAAAGAGGUGUGGUACGUGCGUCCCUGCCCUUUAUCCCUGCUGAAGGUCAUGGCCCUGUCGGUGAUCCACCUGCAGCCUCUACGACUGGUGCUGCUGGAUGCCCUCAUGGCUGACUACACAGGCCUGGUGGACUCCUACCUCAGCGGCAGCCGAGAGGAACCUGUCCACAUGCAGAACAUCGGCUCGAGCAAUGUUCUGGAGCUGCCCAGGGAGCUGCGGGAGUUGGAGCACACGCGUCAGAAGCGCCAGAAGUGGGCCGUCGACCGCUAUCCUGUCACUGAGCAGGGCCUGCUGGAGCGCUCCAACCCCAGACCCCUACCCCCAUCACAGAAUGGGCAGGGCCAGGACACAGCCACCCAAAGACAAACAGACCCUCCUGUCCCCACAGCAGUGGGGCCUGUAGUCCCAGCACCAGGGCAGGGCCCAGCAGAGACACCCUGUCCCAGCAAUACCCUGGGGGCCUCUGACCUCCAUGCUAUGACCAGUGCCCUGACACAAGAGGCCCAGCAGAGCUACAGGAAACAGCCGUCUGGAGUCGUCAGCCCAGUGGCUAAAUCAGGAGCACCAGGACUCUUGGAGAUAGUGAUGGACACAAUGGCAGGCAGAGGGAGGUCCCUGUUGAAAGACCCAACACCACCCAUUCUCCCUGUGUUCCCCCCCCUGGGAAGAGGCCUGGCUCUCCCGAUACCAGCAGCCCAGGUCCCCAAGGAGAGCCCCGGAGCCCUGAAGACCCAGGCCCUAGUGGGGAGGGUGGAGGUGCCUGUCCCCCCAGGCCCAAGACCCAGCCCAGUACAGCCAUCUGAAAACAUUCCUGGUGCAGGGAGAGGCCUCAUUCAGAAACCCCAAGGUCUCACCUCUCCUCUCAGUCUCUCCUUCAGUUCAUUUAGAAAGAGCCACCUAUGAUUGGGAUUGGUUGGUUCAAAAUUACUUGUACACUUCUAUUCUACAAAGACCACUAGGUGGCGGUAAAUUGUCAAUUCUGUUUGCAAUAUAAAUUGCACCAAUGUUGGGUGUUAACUGCUUUUCUAUUUCAAAUGUACAAUAUCAAAUCAUAAUUGGAUGAGUGAUAUUUAGAGUUGUCCAUGGUAUCUGGUUAACCUGUACAUUUGUUUAUUUAAGCUUCUAUUUUUAGAUUGACUUGAAUUGCUGUUCAUCACUUGUUCCUUUACAAAGUUAAAUUAACACCAGUUCAAUACUCUGAUUUAUUCUCUCUCUCUUUCUGGCCUGAUUUGCGUGAGUAAUGGUACAUUCUGAAUCUGUUAAGUGCAGUCAUUUCACUUGGUAAUGAGCCCCUUGGAAUAUUCUGCCAGGCUACAGCCUGAUAAUGUUCAACUAAUUCCUUUGAUAACAAUACAGAACAUAGUGUAUUAAUUCAUACCAGCCCACACCUGGAUGAUAUGUGCAGCACCAGCAGAAUUAUAGUUCAGCCAAAUGAAGCACAUCAAAUUAAAAUAUUGUAUACAUGAAAAACCUUUUUAUGAUUCAUUCAUUUCAAAAUGUUUCUUCUCAAAGUCCAAUAGUCAGUUGUGUAAAACAAAUGCUAACACAGAAUAAAGUACCCAAUAUAGCUUAGGAUGAUCAAUUUACUAAAUUUGGCUUCAUGGUUGCUGUUAAUUGAGGUGGAACGCAGGAAAGCAUUGAUAGAUGUGCUGUUAAUGAAAGAAAAACAUUGUUUCUGGAA